GGGGGUCGGGCUCUCGAAGUGCCACGUUCGUGUCGUGGGGAUUGUCUUGUCACACUCGUGUGGGGAUUAGGAAAGAGAGGUGGUGCGUGUGCGGCCGGGCCGUUAUUUCACUUGUGGACUCGGGUCUCCGAAAAUACACCAUGAUUUCUCUAAGAUUAAUCAGCUUAUUGUGCUGCAUAGCGGCGAUCAGCUGCGAAGACUACGAGACUGAAGACAGCGUGCUCAUCCUGAAACAGAGCAACUUCGAACAGGGCAUCAAGGACCACAAGCAUGUGUUUGUCAAGUUCUACUCCCCCUGGUGCGGACACUGCAAGGCCAUGGCACCAGACUAUGCCAAGGCAGCCAAGUUGCUUGAGGAGGAAGGCUCGGACAUCAAGCUGGCCAAGGUGGACGCCACCGUUGAGAGCCAGCUUGCCGAGCAGCACGAUGUGCAUGGCUACCCAACGCUGAAGUUCUUCCGUGACGGCAAGCCGCUCGAAUACAAGGGUGGCCGUACGGCCGAGGAUAUGGUCCGCUGGCUCAAGAAGAAGACCGGACCUUCGGCACAGCCACUUGCUACCGCCGAUGAGGCCAAGGCAUUCGUAGACAGCGCGGAGGUCACCGUCGUGGGCUUCUUCAAGGACCAGACUAGCGAGGAGGCGAAGCAGUUCCUACUGGCUGCGGAUGCUGUCGACAGGCACGUGUUUGCCAUCACCUCAGACGAUGUUGUCUACAAGGAGCUGGGCGCAAACAAGGACGGAGUGAUGCUCUUCAAGAAGUUCGACGAGGGCAAGAACACGCUCGACAAGGAGGUCACCUCGGAGAACGUGCAAACCUUUGUUCAGCUGAACAGCCUGCCUCUGGUUGUGGAAUUCACACAUGAAAGUGCUCAGAAUGUGUUCAGUGGCCAGAUUCGUCAGCACAACCUGCUUUUCAUCAGCAAGAAGAGUGCAGACUUCAAGGACCUUCUGGAAAACUUCAAGGAGGCUGCCGCUGCCUUCAGGCAUGAGGUUCUCUUCGUGACAAUCGACGUUGAUGAUGAGGACCACGAGCGCAUCCUCGAGUUCUUUGGCCUCAAGAAGGACCAGGUUCCCGCCCUGCGGUUCAUCAAGCUCGAGGGCGACAUGACCCGCUUCAAGCCAGAGACGGACUCGCUCAAGGCCGAGGAUAUCAAGGCCUUCGUCAAGGGUGUGCUCGACGGCACCAUCAAGCAGAGCCUGCUGUCCCAGGAGCUGCCUGAUGACUGGGACAAGCACCCCGUCAAGGUGGUGGUGCAGAAGAACUUCGAUGAGGUCGUCUUUGACAAGACCAAGGAUGUUCUGGUUGAGUUCUACGCCCCCUGGUGCGGCCACUGCAAGCAGCUGGCGCCCAUCUACGACGAGCUGGCCGAGAAGUACAAGGACCGCGAUGACGUGCUCAUCGUCAAGAUGGACGCCACGGCCAACGAGCUCGAGCACACCAAGGUUGACAGCUUCCCCACCAUCAAGCUUUACAAGAAGGAAAGCAACGAGGUUGUUCAGUACAAUGGCGAGCGGACACUCGAGGGUCUCUCAAAGUUCCUCGACACCAACGGCGAGUACGGCCAGGCGCCUCCUGAGGAGGUUGAAGAGGAAGAGGAGGAGGAGGAAGACAAGGAGGACAAGCGGAGGGACGAACUUUGAGCAGACGGCUUUGCCAAACACCCCACCUUUCCUCCUUCAGUUCACCUCCUUCCCCAACCCGACCCCCAUGUUCCCAUGUUUUCUACUUUCUUAAUGCUGUUGUUUUUUUUUUUUAAUCUUUGUCACGCGUUCUACAUUCAUUUCGAGCCUUGCCUCACAAUUGUCAUACCCGUCUCUCCAGUGCCACCUCCCCGUGCUUUUUUUCCUUCACCAUACCGUCAACGUCUUGGGAUACGUUUCCUUUCUUUUUAAUUCUUAUUAUUUUUUUGUACCCUUCCGAUCUCUGUUGUCGUCGUCCAAACAUACAAGGAAAAAAAGCAUUGAUUUUUUUUUACUGUAUUCAAUGUGACUCGCCGCCACUUUUCCGUGAUUCGCUGUUGUCAACGUGCGGAGGGACCUCGUGGAAAUGUUGAGUGGGUGCUUCCAAUCUCGGUUCAGGCAGCGACCAAACUGCAUCUCGAGCUUCUGCUUUUUCUCGCAACCCUGUUGUGACUGACGAGCACUAUGUCAUGGGGUUGUGGCUUUGCAAAGAAAAAAAAAAGACUGCGCUGUCUGUUCCCGUUGCUUUUGUACACUCGAUCCUCAUCAAACCUCGUAGUAGUAUUCUUGUACCGUUUUUCUUUUAAUUUUAAGAGGGACCACUCACGUGAUACCAACUCUCAGCACGAAGCUGUGCUGAGAGAAGGAGUAGUUGAAGCUUGGCCCGACUAUCUGAUGGCGCAUGUGCAAUUUAUUUUUAAAAGGUCUCAAGAAAAACAAACGAGCGACACCUAUUUCUCGCGGGCAUUUUUUUGUCUUUGCAUUGUGCACAAGCUUUUGUUACAGGCCCCCACUACGUAUUUAUUUCUGCUAUGCUUGUCACCUUGCAAACUGUGGUUGGUUCAUUUGGGAGUUGUUGCCUCGCUUUCUUUUUUUAACUUAAAGAAUUUCUUUCUUUUGAAAUGUGGACGGAGCAGGUGGGAUUGUGUGAGUGUAAAAUUUCUUUAGACCACGCCACUUGCCUUAUUGCAGUGGCCUGUAUUUUUCUUUUGCAAGAGUGUGUGAGCAGAUGUGUCGUCUGUCAAAAAAAAAAUGUGGCUGUGGUUGCGCGCACAAUCGUCGUCUGCUGGGCAUUUACCACAUGUCAGAAACUUGCGGAAAAUGUGCGUCCUGCUAAAAGAUGAGAAAUAAAAACAUUUCACGACUCA